UUGUGCACGAAUUGUUUUUCCUCUAGUUCAGCUACUUAACUAAAUCGAAGUCUUGACGACGUGUCCAGCAUUAGCCACAUUACGGAUUCAAACAUCAGUCUUCAAGUCUAGUCACUCGUUGAAGUUUUGUCGCCUACUUUAGCUUAGCCUGGCUUGCUAACCGCUAACAAAGCUGCAAGGCACGCCGUCUAGCGUUCAGAAAACAAGUGAGAAAUAUGUGCGCGAGAACUACACCGACUGCAGAAAAGUUCCAAGAGGAACUUUACGGAGUAAAAGAGGAGCCCCCACGUCACCAAGAUUCGACUAUGUGCAAAAUAAUGCACGCAAAGGUUGUUCUUCGCAGACUCGAAGAUAUAUAUGUCAGCCAAGCCCAUCGUCUGGAGCACCAGGAGUCUUUAUGCGUCAAGGGGGAGUCGCCAUACAUCAAGGAGGAGGAAGAGUUGGUUCACAUUAAAGGUUUGAGAAGAUAUCUUGUUCCUGGGCGGCACGAGCCAGAAUUUCCUGGCAUUAAAGAAGAUGUUGAGCUCCCCAAAAUCAAAGAGGAGGAGGAGCCAGAGCCCUGUCAACAGAAGCAACUUCCAAUCAAAAAGGAGGAGGAAGAUCUGCCAUGCGUUAAAGAGGAGGAGCAUAUCACUAGGUCAAAUGGUGAGCCCUUCAAAAGUGAAGGUGGUCCGAGUGAGGCCGGCAGAGGGGCGGAGCUUCCAAGCGGCAGCAGCAGCAACUCAACAGAAGGAUUGCAAGCAGACAUUUUCAUCGCUCCGUCAAACAGAAGUGGCACCACAUCACACUCACCUUACAAUGAUGAUGGCCAUAAGAAAACUCACACCGAUGACAAACUCUGCAAAUGCUCUCAGUGUGGGAAAACCUUUGUUAAUAAGUACACUUGUCGGACACAUAUGAGGAGGCACACUGGUGAAAAACCUUUUGCCUGCUCAGCUUGUGGUCAAAGAUUCAGUCGCAAGAGCACGUUAAAAGAACACACAAGAACUCACACUGGCAAAAAACCUUUUUCCUGCUCAGCUUGUGGUCAAAGAUUCAGUCGCAAGAGAACGUUAAAACAACACACAAGAACCCACACUGGCGAAAAACCUUUUUCCUGCUCAGUUUGUGGUCAAAGAUUCUCUCGAAAGCAAAACUUACUAACUCAUGAAAGAACCCACACUGGCGAAAAACCUUUUCCCUGCUCAGUUUGUGAUCAAAGAUUCACUCAAAAGCAAUAUUUGAAAGUCCACAUAAGAACCCACACUGGGGAAGAACCUUUUUCCUGCUCAGUUUGUGGUAAAAGAUUCCCUCAAAAGCAAUACUUGAAAGAACACACAAGAACCCACACUGGCGUAAAACCUUUUUCCUGCUCAGUUUGUGGUCAAGGAUUCUCUCGAAAGCAAAACUUACUAACUCAUGAAAGAACCCACACUGGCGAAAAACCUUUUUCCUGCUCAGUUUGUGACCAAAGAUUCGCUCAGAAGCAAAACUUAAAACAACACACAAGAACCCACACUGGAGAAAAACCUUUUUCCUGCUCAGUUUGUGGAAAGAGUUUUGCUUCUUUGGCAGACUUAAUAAAACACACAAGAAUCCACACUGGCGAAAAACCUUUUUCCUGCUCAGUUUGUGGUCAAAGAUCCGCUCGGAAGGAUUGGAUGAAGAGACAUGUGUGUGUUGGUGUGAGAAGUAGUUGCCAAUGACUGUUCUGCCUGUCAUCCAUGCUAGCUUCGUCAGAUUUUGCAUGCAGGUUAGGUUAGGGUUGGAGGUUACGUUCGUAUUUGUUGUACACUUUAUUUUUGUGAUUGCAUUUUUGUUUGGACGUUGCCAUUUUGUGUUUUACCUUUUCUAGCCAUCAACGUUUUUCCUUUGGUUCUCUUGCCGACUGGCAUCAUUUACAUCAUAAUGUCCCAUUCAAACUACACUUUCCACAUUUAAUAUUUGAAACCGCAGACCCCAAAUUCCAAAAAUUCAAAAUCAUUCAUAAAUAUUGUCAUUAAAUUAACAUGGAAAUUUAGAAUACAUUGUUCAAUAUUGCAAAAAUAAUAAGAAAAAAAAUACCGGGUCAAGAAUGAAUCGUUUGUGUGGGGGUUAAUGUAAAUAUAAUUUUUUAACAAUUACUAUUACUACUCGUGAUUGACAGAGUAUGAUGGCCAAAUAAAGAAAAAUGAAGAACAACAAAAAAGGUCUAUGACAGUAAAGUCGUGUUCUUACGACAAGAAUUGUUUUUUGGUUUUUAUUCUUGUACAGGCAUGAAAAUCUCUCACCUUUCGGCGAAAUUCGCCGUUUUGAAGUCAAAAAGGGCGACCUAUGUGAAUUGCAUAGA